AUGGUGGCCAGUCGGUUGUUUGCCGCCAUGAUGGUGGCCUUGGUCGCUUCGGCGGCCGCGGGGGAGCCAGCCGGCGCCGAAGGAGGGAUCUACACCAUCUCCGCCAUGUACCGGCGCCUCAGGGCCACCACGCAGAGCACGGCGGCGGUGGAAAGGAGUCUGACGGACAAGCGGCUCCACCGGGAAGAGGGUAUGGAGCCCAUUUUGCUUGGCGCGAGUCGACUUGGGGAAUCUGUUGGGGAAGAAGAUUUGUACGACGUGACCUUGAAAGGGGACACUGAAGUCCCAUGUGGGAAAGGCAACUCGCCGUGCAUCAUUGACUGCCAGUGCUGCUCAAAUCGCUGCGCCUUGACGAAGACAUGUGCACCAGUUCCAAACUUUACGCUGCGGGGCGAGCCAGGACCGCGUCUGGGGGUCGGCGCGCCACCGACGACCGUGACCCAGACCUCGAUCACGACGACGACGACAGAGGGCGGCGGCGGGGGCAUACUCGGCUUCAGGUGA